AUGGCAGAUCUGGUCGAAUUCGAGCCUACAUUGACAAGGGCACAUCACGCAUAUACCCUUGGUGAUGGUUGCCUUGGAAUGGUGGAAUACCCCAAUGGCCCUGGUGAUGAUGAGCUGGCAUUGAGGCUUCAACGUUACUCUGCCCUAUGGAAUAUCAAAAUUGAUUUGCGUCCGUGUCUGCUUGGUGGAGUGCACAAGGCUACUGGAAACCAACCUCCAAUGGUUAAUGCUUGGAAGGGAAAGAACAUGCUUGAAAUGCUGCCACUCGUCGCGCAAAUGAUGGACGUACAGCUCAAACGUCCCAAGAAGUUUCCAACUCCUACCGUCAAAGUUAUGAGAAUUCUGACUGCCAUCAAGCUCAGCUCUCCAGAGCACUUGGCUGCUGCCUCUGAAGGCAUGUGGAAACUUUUGCACUGUGAGCAAGGAGAUAUAGACAGUGAUGAAGAACUCGUUGCGAAACUUGCUACUAUUAUGGGAACUGACGAGGCCAAAAAGAUGCUCGAAGCAUCAACCUCGAAACCUGUAAAAGAUGAACUUAUUCGAGCCACAGAAGAAGCAGUAAAAGAAGGAGCGUUUGGAAAUCCUUGGAUUGUUGCAGUAAAAGAUGGAAAGAAAGUGUGCUUCUUUGGUGAUGAUUCUUUCGAACGUGUUUGUUUCUUCUUGGGCAAAGACAACUUGGGACCAAACCCAAGUGAACAAAUCAAAAAGCUUAAAGCCACUGGAUACUCGCCUCGCUUGUAA